AUGAUCUCCAGCUCUUCGACAUCGACAACCUCCAUUCCACAGCGCUCCGAUAGCCAGGCCCACGACUCGGCUGCCCCCUACCGUUCGUCCAGCCGGCACCGAUUGUCUGGCUCCGUGCCGCGGUCUCAGACACCAGCGUCAGACACCUCCAGCAGAGGAGCCAGAUCGGCGCAGCAGGGCCAGGCGCUGGCAGGACAGUCCGCAUCGCGUGCGGCAUCAGGCGGAGCGUCGCGUUUCCCCUCGCCGCCGCCGUCGUCGUCCCCAGCAGCUGCCCCCGGCCCUGUCGCCGCCGACGAUGCGAAUCGUCCGUCCAUGGCAACACAGAUGGGAGACAGCGUCUCCGCACCGGCCCUGCACUCGCAGCCGUCAUCCUCUAGCAUAGCCGCGCCUCAGGACCAGCAGCCCUCUCCCACCUCGGACGACUAUCCGCUGCGAUCUGGCCCGCCCGACUCGUACCUGGUUUCCAACGCCGAGGCCGCGGCCGCCCCCGAGCAGAAUGUCAUCCACAUCCGGGACCUUGCUCACAUAGAACAGCUCGCCCAGGCCGACCUGGCGGGCGCCGCCGACCGGUCAGGCAUCCUCCACGACCCGCCGCUGCACCAGACCAAGUACGAGAUCAGCGCGAUGCCCAUUGCAGACGUCAUCGAAAUGGUGGCCGCCCUGCUGACCAAAAUCACAACCACAAACGACCUGCAGCACGACGCCAUGCAGCGCAAUGUUGCCCACCAGCAGCAGGCCAACCAGACCGCGGACCCCCAUGGGAACUCCCAGAUGAGCCCGAUCAGCCACUCGGUGCUUGCGUUCCACGGAAAGAACGUUCCGGCUAUAACGAUCCUGAGCUACCUCUCGCGAAUCGACAAGUACUGCCCGACCACCUACGAGGUCUUCUUGAGUUUGCUGGUCUACUUUGAUCGCAUGACUGAGAGGGUCAACGACAUGGUUUCUCGCACCGAGCGCAGCAGGCGAUCGUCUACGUCGCGGACGCGAGGGUCAGCCUCAGUCGCAUCUCACGACACCCCGAUGGGCGAGGCCUCUAGGAGUCCCGACGAGAGCGACGAGGAUCUAGCUGACGACGACGAUAGCGACGACGAGGUCAUGGUGGAUCCCCCGACCAGAUUCGCUCGGGAGGCGGCCAGAAGCGCCGCGACGCACGUACCCGAGCGCUCCCUCGGCCUGCCGACCCCGGCAACGUAUUUUGUGGUGGACAGCUUCAACAUCCACCGAUUGAUCAUCGCCGGAGUAACUUGCUCCAGCAAGUUCUUCUCAGAUGUCUUUUACACCAACUCGCGAUACGCAAAGGUUGGUGGACUUCCUUUGCCCGAACUGAACCACCUGGAACUCCAAUUCCUAGUGCUCAACGACUUCCGACUUGCCAUUCCGGUGGAAGAGCUGGAGGCAUAUGCCACCAUGCUAGUCGAGUUUUACGCCCGAGAGGUGGUGGCUCCUCGGAGUCGUCGCACGUAA